CCAGGCUGCUCGCUGCCACCGAGGAGACAUUUAAAACCAAAACCAAAAGCCCAGAAGGGGACCGGCAGCAGAUUCUGGGUUGCUAAGCCUGGUGUGAACAGAACGGUUAAUCAUGGCCCAAGGAUCUAGUGACAUGGAAACUGCUGAUCAAGAGGAGAGUUCUCCAAACAUGAUUGUUUACCGAAAGAUAGAAGAUAUCAUUACAAGAAUGCAAGAUGACAAAACAGGUGGAGUGCCUAUCCGAACAGUCAAGAGCUUUCUGUCAAAAAUCCCCAGUGUUGUCACAGGGGCUGACAUAGUGCAAUGGCUUAUGAAGAAUCUUAAUGUUGAAGACCCAGCUGAAGCAAUACACAUGGGAAGCCUCAUUGCAGCACAGGGAUACAUUUUUCCAAUCUCGGAUCAUGUACUUACUUUGAAGGAUGACGGGACCUUCUAUCGUUUUCAGGCUCCAUACUUUUGGCCUUCAAAUUGUUGGGAACCUGAAAACACAGACUAUGCCAUCUAUCUUUGCAAGAGGACCAUGCAGAACAAAGCUAGGCUGGAGCUAGCAGAUUAUGAAGCCGAGAACUUAGCAAGACUUCAGAGAGCUUUUGCAAGAAAGUGGGAAUUCAUCUUUAUGCAAGCCGAAGCACAAGUAAAAAUCGACCGAAAAAAAGAUAAAACAGAAAGGAAAAUUUUGGAUAGUCAAGAAAGAGCCUUCUGGGAUGUCCAUAGGCCAGUGCCAGGCUGUGUGAACACAACAGAGAUGGACAUCAGAAAGUGUCGCCGUAUGAAAAAUCCACAGAGAGUCAAAAAGUCAGUCUAUGGCGUUACAGAAGACAGCCAGUCCCAAAGCCCUGUACAUAUGCCCUCCCAACCAGUUCGGAAAACAACAAAAGACGACGUCCGGAAGCAAAUAACAUUUCUGAACGUGCAGAUAGACAGACACUGUUUAAAAAUGUCUAAAGUAGCAGAAAGUUUAAUUACUUACUCAGAUCAGUACAUUGACUAUGAUCCUUUUCUAACUCCCACUGAACCUUCCAAUCCCUGGAUAAAUGAUGACAACGUGUUUUGGGACUUAGAAAUAAGCAAAGACCCUUCUCAGCACCGGGUCAAAAGAUGGGGCUUCUCUAUAGAUGAGGUGUUGAAAGAUCCAGUGGGGCGUGACCAGUUUCUUCGGUUUUUGGAAUCGGAAUUCAGUUCUGAAAACCUCAGGUUUUGGUUGGCUGUCCAAGAUCUCAAAAAACAACCAUUGCAAGAUGUAGCUACCAGAGUGGAAGAUAUCUGGCAAGAGUUCCUAGCUCCUGGGGCCCAGAGUGCCAUCAACCUGGACUCUCACAGCUAUGAGAUAACCAGCCAAAAUGUCAAAGACCCAGGGAGGUACACAUAUGAAGAUGCACAGGAGCAUAUUUACAAGCUGAUGAAGAGUGACAGCUAUGCACGCUUUCUCCGUUCUAAUGCUUAUCAAGACUUGUUGCUGGCAAAGAAGAAGCCCGAGAAUGAGCAAGGUCGUAGAACUUCUCUAGAAAAGUUCACUCGCAGUAUGGUAAGUUCAUUUGCUUUUGGUUAUUUU